UUGUUUUUCCCCACUUCCUUUACAGGCCACAGUUGUUAUUUGCCAGGCCAUGUUCUUCUCUGAGUUUCUAAGACAGGGUUAGCUUAAUGCCUUGUCUUGACACUAUCUGAUAUAAUCAGAGAAAUGAAAAAUGCCAUGGGCAAGAUAAAUGAUAUUUUAGCCAAGCUGUUCAGGAUAAACCGGGCCACGGUUUAUCCUCCAUGGUUUCUACUGGAGUCUUCUCAGGAGAGACAACAGCCUUUCUGGGGCUUGCCUUGAUGAAAGGAUUGGAACUGGUAACACCUGUUUCAAAGAAAAAAAGAGUACCGUAGCUUGCUGUCAGAAAUGGCCCUCUCAGUGGACUCAUCUUGGCACCGGUGGCAGUGGCGAGUCAGAGAUGGCCUCCCCCAGUCUCCAUCAGAAGUCACACCUCUGUUGUCCCAAGAUAGAAGGAGGCAAAGCUACAACCUGACACAGCAGCGGGUCGUGUUCCCCAACAACAGCAUGUGCCACCAAGAUUGGGCAGCGGUCUCCAGGAAAUACUCUGGCAACAGAAUCUGCACGACCAAAUAUACCUUCCUCACCUUCCUGCCUCAGAAUCUCUUUGAGCAGUUUCAUAGAUGGGCUAACCUCUAUUUCCUGUUCCUGGUGAUUCUGAACUGGAUACCCUCCAUGGAAGUUUUCCACAGAGAAAUCACCAUGUUACCAUUGGCCAUUGUGCUGUUUAUCAUCAUGGUCAAGGAUGGCAUGGAGGACUUCAAGAGACAUCGUUUUGACAGAGAGAUCAACUGCUCCAACAUCUGGAUAUAUGAAAGAAAAGAGCGGAGCUACGUGCAGAAAUGCUGGAAGGAUGUGCGUGUGGGAGACUUCAUCCAAAUGAAAUGCAACGAGAUCAUCCCAGCAGACAUACUCCUCCUCUUUUCCUCAGACCCCAGUGGGAUCUGCCACCUGGAAACUGCCAACCUGGAUGGAGAAACAAACCUCAAACAAAGACGUGUUGUGAAGGGCUUCUCACAGCAGGACAUACAGUUUGAACCCGAACAUUUCUGCAACACCAUCGUGUGUGAGAAGCCCAACAACCACCUCAACAAAUUUAAGGGUUAUAUGGAGCAUCCUGACCAAACAAGGACAGGCUUUGGCAGCGAGAGUCUUCUGCUUCGAGGCUGUACCAUCAGAAACACCGAGGUGGCUAUUGGCAUCGUCAUCUAUGCAGGCCAUGAGACAAAAGCCAUGCUGAACAACAGUGGCCCACGGUACAAACGCAGCAAGAUUGAGAGGCGCAUGAACAUAGACAUCUUCUUCUGCAUUGGACUCCUCUUCCUCAUGUGCCUCAUUGGAGCUGUAGGUCAUCGCCUCUGGAAUGGGACCUUCAAAGAACACCCUCCCUUUGAUGUGCCAGAUGCCAAGGGUAGCUUCCUUCCUCUUGCCCUUGGAGGCUUCUACAUGUUCCUUACAAUGAUCAUCCUGCUCCAGGUGCUGAUCCCAGUCUCCCUGUAUGUAUCCAUUGAGCUGGUGAAGCUCGGGCAAGUCUUCUUCCUGCACAAUGACCUUGACCUGUAUGAUGAAGAGACUGAUUUGUCCAUUCAGUGUCGAGCCCUCAACAUCACUGAGGACUUGGGCCAGAUCCAGUAUAUCUUCUCUGACAAGACGGGGACACUGACUGAGAACAAAAUGGUCUUCCGGCGUUGCACUAUCAUGGGCAGCGAGUAUUCUCACCAAGAAAAUGCCAAGCGACUGGAGACCCCAAGGGAGCUUGACUCAGACAGUGAAGAGUGGACCCAAUACCAGUGCCUGUCCUUCCCAGCCCAAUGGGCUCAGGGCCCAGCAACACGAAGGGGCCAAGGAUGCGCCCAGCCUCUGAGGAGGUGCCACAGUGCCCACGUACCCAUCCAGGGCCACUCCAGACAAAGGUCUGUGGGGCGCUGUGAAAGUUCACAGCCUCCUGUGGCCUUCAGCAGCUCCAUAGAAAAAGAUGUGACUCCAGAUAAAAAUCUACUGCCCAAAGUACAAGAUGCUGCCCUGUGGCUGGAGACCUCGUCCGACACCAAAGCUGCCAAGCCUUUUCCCUCCACCGCCUCCUCCAUCGCUGACUUCUUCCUUGCCCUGACCAUCUGCAACUCUGUCAUGGUCUCCACAACCACACAGCCCCGGCAGAGGGUCACCAUGCCACCCUCGACCAAGGCUCUGGGGACAUCCCUGGAGAAGAUUCAGCAGCUCUUCCACAGACUGAAGCUUUUGAACCUCAGCCAGUCAUUCUCGUCUACUGCGCCCUCUGACACUGACCUGGGGGAGAGUUUGGGAGCCAACAUGCCUACCACAGACUCAGAAGAGAGAGACGAUGCAUCUGUGUACAGCGAAGGCUACUCCACAGAUGGUGGCUAUAGGAGCAGCGCAUGGGACGAGGGCGACAUCCAGGCAUCUGGAUUGGAGGCUUCCCUGGAGGAGGUGCUGGAGGCCCCAGCCCUAGGCCUGGCCAGCCCUGAGCUCUGUUAUGAGGCUGAGAGCCCUGAUGAGGCAGCCCUUGUGCAUGCGGCCCGUGCCUACAGCUUCACACUGGUGUCCCGGACACCAGAGCAGGUGACCGUGCGCCUGCCCCAGGGCACCUGCCUCACCUUUGACAUCCUCUACACACUGGGCUUUGACUCUGUCAGGAAAAGAAUGUCCGUGGUGGUGAGGCACCCACUGACAAGCGAGAUCAUCAUCUACACCAAGGGCGCAGACUCAGUUAUCAUGGAUCUGCUGGAAGACCCAGCGUGCGCAACUGACACGGAUGUGGAAAAGAAGGUGAGGAAAAUUCGAGCCAGGACCCAAAAGCAUCUAGACUUGUAUGCAAGAGAUGGCCUUCGAACACUGUGCAUCGCCAAGAAGGUCAUAACUGAAGACGACUUCCAGCGGUGGGCCAGCUUCCGGUGUGAGGCAGAGGCAUCUCUUGAAAACCGAGAUGAGCUUCUAAUGGAAACUGCACAACAUCUGGAGAAUCAACUCACCUUACUCGGAGCCACUGGGAUCGAAGACCGGCUACAGGAAGGGGUUCCAGACACAGUCGCUGCUCUGCGGGAGGCUGGCAUCCAGCUCUGGGUCUUGACUGGAGAUAAGCAGGAGACAGCAGUCAACAUCGCCUAUUCCUGCAGAUUGUUAGAUCAGACUGACAUGGUUUACUCCAUUAAUACAGAAAGUCAGGAAACUUGUGAAUCCAUCCUCAGCUGUGCACUGGAAGAAGUAAAGCAAUUCCAUGGACCACAGAAGCCAGACCCUAAGAUCUUUGGGUUCUGUCUACCUUCUGAGACACUACCUCCCUCCUCAAGAGCAGGAGUUCCAGAAGUUGCAGUUCCAGAAGUUGGAUUGGUCAUCGAUGGGAAGACAUUGAAUGCCAUUUUCCAGGGAAAACUGGAGAUGAAAUUUUUGGAGUUGACGCAGUACUGCCGGUCUGUCCUAUGCUGCCGUUCCACCCCGCUCCAGAAGAGUAUGAUAGUCAAGUUGGUGCGAGACAAGUUGAACGUCAUGACCCUUUCCAUAGGUGAUGGAGCAAAUGACGUAAGCAUGAUUCAAGCUGCUGAUAUUGGAAUUGGGAUAUCUGGACAGGAAGGCAUGCAGGCUGUUAUGGCCAGCGACUUUGCCAUAUCCCGCUUCAGACACCUCAAGAAGCUGCUGCUUGUGCACGGCCACUGGUGUUACUCGCGCCUGGCCAGGAUGGUGGUGUACUACUUCUACAAGAACGUGUGCUACGUCAACCUGCUCUUCUGGUACCAGUUUUUCUGCGGUUUCUCCGGCUCCACCAUGAUCGAUUACUGGCAGAUGAUAUUCUUCAACCUCUUCUUCACAUCCUUGCCUCCUCUGGUCUUCGGGGUCCUUGAUAAAGACAUCUCUGCAGAGACACUCCUGGCAUUGCCCGAGCUGUACAAGAGUGGCCAAAACUCUGAGUGCUACAACCCGAUGACUUUCUGGAUUUCCAUAGUGGAUGCAUUCUACCAGAGCCUUGUCUGCUUCUUCAUUCCUUACCUGACCUACAAGGAUUCUGAUAUUGAUGUCUUUACCUUUGGGACACCCAUCAAUACCAUCUCCCUCACCACAAUUCUCUUGCACCAGGCAAUGGAAAUGAAGACUUGGACCAUUAUCCACGGGCUUGUUCUCAUAGGCAGCUUCCUGAUGUAUUUUGUGGUAUCCCUCGUUUACAAUGCCACCUGCGUCAUCUGCAACAGUCCCACCAAUCCCUACUGGGUGAUGGAAGGCCAGCUCUCUGACCCCACUUUCUACCUCGUCUGUUUCCUCACACCGGUCAUGGCUCUUCUCCCAAGGUACUUUUUCCUAUCUCUACAAGGGACUUACGGGAAGUCUCUGACCUUAAAAGCUCAGAAAAUUGACAAACUCCCCACAGACAAAAGAGACCUAGAAAUACAGAGCUGGAGGAGCAGACGGAGGCCUGUCCCUAGUCCUGGAGAGGCUCAGCGCACCCACCGUCCAGUGCCACCUGUCCCAGAACAAGACUUCAGAGCCAGUAGCCCAAAGAGCUCUAGCCCUCCCAAGCGGAAGUGCAAGGAGGAUUGGGUGCUACAUGGAGAGAAAUGCAGCAGAGACCAUCUGAAGGAUCACCCAUGUCCAGGGGACUCCUCAGCUAAACCCUCAUCCAGGGAAUACCCUCUUCUGGGGCCUAGCAGAACAAUGGCUUCAGGAGCCUACUCAAGGGGUGGACAGAUUGAUGAGGACAGGCCCUUAAGCAGAGGCAGUCAUCGCCGAUCCCAGAGUUCAAUGACCAUAUGAAUGGCCUGCGGAAAUCUGUACAAACUCAGAGGAAGCCACCCAGCUGAUGGCCUAAUUAACCCAUGAAUCUUCCUCUUCAUGGAGAAACCAGGCUUGACUUCCUUGGAGAAAAUGCUGGCCCCAAGGGCUUUGACAAAGGACUGGAAACCAGUCAACCUCUAGCUUUCUCCUGCUGCCAGGCAGCACAUCAUGCCAUCGAAAUUUUUAUAAGAACACUAUGUUUUUAAUAUAUUGAGUUGUUAAAUAUUUUAGCCCAGAGACAUUGCUGUGACCUUCUAGGUAAGUAGAGCCAAUGGCCAACACAACAGGGCCAUAAUUUUCCAAGAUUCCAAGAGAUCUAUCUACCCAGGCAUUCUCUCAGGAUAUGGAAGUUUCUGAGCUUGUCAAACCAACACCUCAUCUUAUUAUACCAAAAGUUAAAGUUUCAGAAGAGACCCAUAUACAAAGGUACUUCAUCUUGAGUGUAUUGCAGUGGUAAUUAUGUCAAGCUUAACAACACUUUCAUUCAUAGAGAACUGGGCUGCUUUCUGUCUCUAAGCCAAAGAAAACAUCUAAAGAUUAAAACUAGGUUUGAACUGAGUGUCACAGACACUUCUGAGAGUUGUAGGUCCAUAGCUAGUGUAAGAGGCAACAACAUAAGCAUGCAAAAGUGAAUGGGUGCACUAUAGACCCCAAGCUUUUGCUAAAGGACCAUAUGUCCACAGUCAGUACCAAGAGAAAAGGAGCAGUACUAUUUAAGCUAUUUAUUUAUUUUUAAAUGGAAGUACUCAUCCUUAUUCAGAUCUAAGACUGGUAGACUUUCAUACCUCUGUACCCAGAAUAAACCUAUAUGAUAGAGAAACUCUAAGCCCAAACAAGGACACCUCAAAGGACAGGUCCAGUAAUAAACUCUAUCAUUAAGCUUAUCCCAGAUUCUUACCAGCUGGAAGACAGUGGCCCAUGCUUCAUUUAUAUUAGGGAGAGUCAGAGGAAGUCUCAUUUCAGAGGUUAAGGGAUUAUGGAAACUUCUUAUUCCUAGAGGUUACAAAUGCCAAAAUGUACCAGUGCUCAAAACAAUGCUGAAAUGAAAGAAGGUAUGAUAGAAUUCCAAGAGGCUAUCAAGAGAAUUCAGGGCUAUUAUGGACAAGGAUAGUGUAUCCCUAGUCUUUAGGAUAAGUCAGACAAGGCUACUGAACCCUCUCCUCCUUAAAGUAGUACCUGUAUAUUAAGCAAAAACCCCUUUAUAUUAGUGAUGGAUGCAACACGGGUGACGAGUCUUUGAGCCUAAGAGUCGUAGCCACCACAAGUUGACUUAUUACUUAAGUAACUUCUCAGCAAAGAUGCACAAAAAUAUCUCAACAAUCAAAUUGGCAAAUGACAGACUGAGGUCAUCCUCUGAACUUCCUGUGGACAAGCCUGAACUGGAGGGAUGGUUUAAAGCAUUGUGUCCCUGGAACCAAUACACUGGAUCUCUUUUACUGACUGUGCCACAUAAUGAUGCCAAUAAUGGCCAACAGGAGAAUCCUAUAUGCUGAUUGCUAGAGAAGGAGCAGGUGAACACAGCAGGCAAAGCAGUAAUGAUAGGAAUUGUUCCAAAUGAGAGGAUUGAGCCAAAACUUGGAUCUUGGGGUCCCUGUUUUCCCCAUUUGAUUCCUGCCCACUCCUGCAAACCAGAUUGAGAGCAGUAGGCUGUUUUAGAGAAGAACAGAAUAGUGGGAAGAACACUGGCCUCAGGAGAUCUGGGUUUGAGUCUUUGCUUCUGUACUCUCUAGGAGCCAGGAGCCUUGAAGCAAGAUGCCACACCUGCAAAUUAGGUUAAAACUGCCUUACCUUCCAGGUUUGGCAUAAGGAUCAAGUCAAAAAUACGCAGGGGACAUGUAAACACUUUGAAAGUUGUAACACCCUCAAUAGUAACACAGGGAUUUCAUUUCAGAGCUAAGGGGAAACAAGGUAAUAGGAAACUUGUGAAAAUGACCACUAAACCUAUAUGUCAAACCAUACCCAACAUUGUGAUGUUGUGUUCUUUCUUGCAUGAUCAAACCAUCCCAGAUUGCCUGGGAUUUUCCAAGUUUUAGCACUGAAGGGCCCUCAUCCUAGGAAACUCCUCAAUCCUGGGACACCUGAGACAACUGGUCACCUACUCUUGCCCCUCUUUGAAACCAAACCAACUGUGACCAUCCAACAUGCCAUCUUAAGGGAAAAGGUUAUAACAACUUUUCCUAUAACAUUAUGCUAAUGAUUGUACUUAGUAUACUUUUAUACUUUUAUGACCUUUUACUGAUUGACUGGAAAUGUGUUAUCCUUUAUGAGAAAAAAAAUAAACAUUGUUUUCCAUAAUUGCCUGCAUUUCUGAGUACCCUCUCAUCCAUCCAUCCAUCCUUCUUCCAUUCAUUCAUUUAUUUAGUAGUCUGUCCAUCCAUUUAUCUAUCCAAUAAACUUCUGUUAAG